CACAUCUUCGAUGAGCAGUCAGUGCUGACUUCUGUUCAAGAAGAGUCUCCAAGUGGAUAACACAAAGACGAGGAGAAGCUUCUGUGGAACUUAAACCAAUCGGACUAUACUUGUGCACUUUCCUCUUACGGAUCAUAGAACAAGAAAAAGUCUACAAACAUGCCUGUGUCAAGGAUGAGGAUGCGCCCAUGGUUGGAGAAGAUGAUCGAGUCCAACACCAUCUCGGGUCUGACUUGGGUGGACAAGGACAAGAAAACGUUCUCCAUUCCCUGGAAGCAUGCAGCUCGUCAUGGCUGGGAGAUGGACAAGGAUGCUUGUCUGUUCAAACAAUGGGCCAUCCACACAGGGAAAUACAUUGAGGGCCAGGCCUGUGACCCAAAGACGUGGAAGGCCAACUUCCGUUGUGCGAUGAACUCACUGCCAGAUAUUGAGGAGAUGAAAGACAAGAGCAUCAACAAAGGCCACCAAGCUGUGCGCGUCUUCAGGAUGUUGCCUGCCACCCCAAAAUCAAGAGAUAAACGAAGCAAAGCAAAGGAAACAAAGCAAAGGAAGAAGGUCAAGAUGGAGGAAGACAUGGAUUACAGCGAUACUCAGUCUCCCAUAGAUCAGUCACAGAUGCAUGAUGACACCUCAUCUACUCAGGAAAACACAGUCGACAGCACAGUAGACACAGAGCAGAAAGAUUUCACAUUUAUCGCUUCAACUGAGGUUCCUGACUGGUCUUCGUCAGUGGAGAUUGGGCCUGAUAGUUUUCCAAGCGCCUUUUCCCACAAAUUUGAAGUUUCACCUGAUCACAGCCCCGACUACGACUAUACCAACGACAUUAUCAAGAUUUGCCAGCAACUGGAGAAAGAAUCAGACUGGUUUCCGAACAGUUUAGAAGGCAAGGGGUUCCUGAGCAAUGAAGCAUGCACCAGUCCAGGGAGCCAGUGGAGUGAAUCUUCCUCAGUCGAUGACCUAGACGACAUACCACAGUACACAACUUUGGGCUCAGACUUCACAAAUCCCACAGACGACCUCUGGAACAACUUUUACCAACAGAUCACCCACAGGCUUUGAGCAGUCCAGGACAGGAUGGGACAGUGCUCACUUUGGACUUUUAAGAGCUCUUCCUGCCCAUAAUCUGAGCCCCCUUGUCAAUUAAUCACCCACUAUCAUACCUACAGUCUGUGAUUUGUGGAGUCCACACUUAAAGCUGCAGCACCGCACCUGUCUGUGUGUUUGAUGCUCGGUAGCAGUCUGAGGAGCUUUACUCAACUCCUUCAACCUUUGUGUGAACCUAUGAAGAGAACUAUGAAGCGCACUGCUGUGUUAAAGGAAUUCAUGUGCUGUUCAUUAUCUAUGUUUUUGGCUGGUUCAAGGCAUUCUGGUGUUCAGUGUUUUUUAUCAGGAUGAGUUGUGACAGUACAUAAAUCUGUUUUUUUUUCAUUCAGGGCAUUUACAUUACCACAUGCAGAUUUAUCUAUGAAUACAGACAGAAGUAUCCGAUACUUAACCCUUGAAAUGCAUAUAGACUCACAUUCUGCACGCUCAAGAUCUGUUAGUUAUUGUACAGUUAAGAGUAAUUAUCACAUAGAAUCAAUCUUUCCGUUAAGUGAAUUCAGUUAAAGGGAUAAAUAUGCAUUUUUACAACCUAUCUUGAUAAACCUCUAAACUUUGGUGAAAGCUCUACUUCAAAUCUUACAGUUUUUACUGGUAAUUGUUAUGCUAUUCUGUAAAUAUUUGGUUUUUUGUGUGUGUUUUUAUAAAAUAAAAUAAAAAAUAAUUCUAAAAAUGUGAA